AUGUCGAGAUACUAUAAAGAUCUCCCGCCAACUCCUCCAGACUACCCUAAUCAUGAAAGGGCUGCUUACGCCCAGAAGCUGCACCCAUCGUGCCAAGCAGCAGAAUAUCAGCAUACUGUUCUUAAACACCAAAAUUGCAGACUACAAAAGCAAAACACCGAGCUACAGCGAGAGGUGACUCAGCUGAGGGAGCAGGCCUCACAACUGGAAGAUAAAAUUAAAAAAUAUCAGCAAUACAUUAGGCAGCAGAACGAAAGUUUUGUCUUGGUCACUCGAACCGUGUGUUCUGCCUUCGAAAAAUAUCGCGAGAGUACAGGGGGUUUGUCGGCUCAAAGUUCCAACGCCAGCCCCAUUGACCAAGUCCUCGACGCAUAUACUGCAUUUAGUGAUAGCGAAGAAGACUUGAUGUUUUUUUAG